AUUAUGCUUCCUUUUCUUCUCUAAGUGCCGAGGGUAGUGAGCAUAGUGUGAGUUGUGUAUUAUUUUUCGGGUGUGUGCGCGAGCAUUGCCGAGAGUCCGCAAGCCGCCGCGAGUCAUCACGCGUACGGUCGUCACUACCAUAUGCGAGCAGCACCCCUC